AUGACCGCUGACGAGGCUUGGAAGUUUUCUCAGUGUUUCGGAGAUAAGGGCGAUACGGAUAAUAUCACUGAGGCCGAUAUAAUAUCGACGGUAGAGUUUGAUAGUACGGGAGAUUUUUUGGCUACUGGAGACAAGGGCGGACGAGUCGUUUUGUUUGAGCGAAAUCAAUCCAAGAAGAAACACAAUUGCGAAUACAAGUUUUUCACCGAGUUCCAAAGUCAUGAUGCUGAGUUUGACUACUUGAAAUCGUUGGAGAUUGAAGAAACGAUAAACAAAAUCAAAUGGUUGAAAAGCUGUAACGAUUCACUUUAUCUCUUAUCGACAAACGAUAAGACUGUAAAAUUGUGGAAGAUCCAAGAACGACAAAUCAAAUUGGUUUCGGAGAAUAACCUUAACGGGAUGAGCCACUAUACUAAAGAUGGGGGAUUGUCGUCACUCAAGUUACCGCAAUUGCAAUUACACGAUAAGUUGAUAUCUGCUCAACCAAAAAAGAUUUAUUCAAAUGCUCAUGCGUAUCACAUCAAUUCCAUAUCGGUUAAUUCCGACCAAGAAACUUACUUGAGUGCCGACGACUUGAGGAUCAAUUUGUGGAAUUUGGGUAUUUCCGAUCAAUCCUUCAAUAUUGUUGAUAUCAAACCAACAAAUAUGGAGGAGCUAACUGAAGUGAUAACUAGUGCAAAAUUUCAUCCUUUACAGUGUAAUUUAUUCAUGUACAGUUCGUCAAAGGGAACAAUAAAGUUAUCGGAUAUGAGAUCGAACUCAUUAUGUGAUACUCAUGCCAAAAUCUUUGAAGAAUACUUGGAUCCGUCAUCACAUAAUUUUUUCACUGAAAUCACCAGCUCAAUAUCGGAUGUCGAAUUCAGUCACGAUGGUAGAUACAUUGCUCUGAGAGAUUAUAUGACAGUAAAGAUUUGGGAUUUGGCAAUGGAAAGUAAACCCAUAAAGACAAUAAAUGUGCAAGAACAUUUGAGAGAACGAUUAUGCGAUACUUAUGAAAAUGACGCAAUAUUUGAUAAAUUUGAAGUUCAAUUCAGUAGUGAUAAUAGAUCUGUAAUGACUGGUUCUUACAAUAAUAAUUUCAUGAUAUAUUCUAAUGCUGUGCCACAUAGUGGAGGAGGUAAGCUGGUAUACAAGUCUUUGAAAAAGAGGAAAAAAUUCGAGAAUGGCCAUAGUCGUAAAAGAGGAAUCGGAAAGAACGAGGAUGAAGACAAUCGUCAAGAAGAGGACGAGGAAAACGAUGACGAAGACGACGAAGACGAAGGGGGAGUAGGAAGAAGAAAAAGAGAGGGCGGAGGAGGAGGAGGAGGAGGAGGAAGAAGAAGAGGAGGAGAAAACGGCGAUGAAGAAGAAGAAGAAGAAGAUGAGGACGAUAACGAAGACGAAGACGAUAACGAAUCAGACGAAUUAGAUAAUGAAAUACCUCCAAAUAAAGACUCUCCCAGUUCACAAUCGGAGGACGAGGAAGUUCAAGAAGAAAUUAUUUUACAAGCAGAUAAGUCAGCUUUUAAAUCUAAGAAAUCAGGUCACCAUCUAAUGAGAAGAAGAAUGAUGAGUGGCAAUGGAUCUCAACUUGGAGCAAGUAAUGGACGAGAAUUUGAUGAUAUUGAUUUCAAGAAAAAUAUACUUCAUUUAUCAUGGCAUCCUAAAGAGAAUUCAGUCGCUAUUGCUGCUACUAACAAUUUAUACAUUUUCUCUACUUUGUAG